GACCCCAACAGAACGGCUCGGCCUUUCCCAGUCGGACAUCUUGGUGAUAUUACUUUCCUCUUGCAUAAUACUCACAUAAAGCGCCGUCACCUCAUAAUGGCAAGCCUUCUUUCGUACGUGCCCAUCGUGAAUCGGGUCUUGGGCUCAGGCUCAAAGACUGAGUCAACCAAAGCGCCUACCAUCGAUCUACCUUCGGUUGAGGUUCAUCAUGUUGAGACGAACCCAGACCGGCGCGCGAGGUGCCUCAAGCAUCUGUUGAAGGCGAAUCAUUCCAACUACUCUAUCGUCUAUCACAACCUUCAAUACAACAACCAAAACCCCCACAUUCUGGCCUCUGCGUAUCUUCUGGGCGCCACGGAGGUCCAGCUGAAUCAUAUUUACGACAAUCAGAUUAUUGAGCUGGAAUCAUGGAAACCGUCCCCAGCGGAAGUCGUCGAUGAUGACUGGGAAGAUUUCCUUGGUGACAGGCGAUAUCAACGAGCCUAUGUCGACUUCUUUGAGGAAAGACUUGCCAUGCGCUUUUCCUACGACUGGAAACAAGAAUUGAAUCAUUUCUUGUUCCUCGGCGAUGAACCAUUGGUCCAUGGUCUAAUUGGCGGUCUUGGUCACUCUCUCGUUCAUUUGGCUUAUGCCUAUGAAAUGGACUGCAAGGAACUUGCAAUGGAGGCUCUGGGGCUUGUCUGCAUUGAGUACAACUUCUUACACAAGUACCUCGAUGACAAGUCCUAUACCAAGCCAUCAACUUUCAGCUCGGGUUCGCCACUCGAACUCAUUACUAAGCUAGCUAAGGAUGGUCGGUUCAAUUCUUUACCAAAGAAUUCCAGUGUGGACGAUAUGGAAGAAAUCUUCAUUGAGCACGAGACUCUUAUCCUCGAAUACUGGAAUGCAUGGGUCAUCGAUGACCCAUUGAAGCAAUUCGAGCUGUCACAGGAGGCCGCUGUCGCGUUGCUAGUUGCGACAGUUCGACCAGGAACCCACGCCUUCGACUUCCUUCUUGUCCAUCUCUUGACAACCAGCCAUGCUGUCAGGGUCCUCUUACCUUUUUUCCCGGAAAACUACCGCAUCACACUGGUCAGGGAGUGGUGGCUACUGGUUUUGGCCAUUUUUAUUCUCAAGGGACGGCCACUGCCUGAUUCCGAUAAUGUUGACCAUGAACUGAAGGGCAAGACCUGGAAGUAUGUGGAGGAUAAGGCGCUGAAUUCGGCUUGGUCAAAGGACGCUCACUUCGUAAAAGCCAUCCGCGUCAUGAGAGAGGCAUCCAGGACCUGGGGGGAUGUCCAUGAGUUGUACCUCAGCUCCGCGGUAACAUUUGCGGAUAAUUUUGAAGGAUGGGUAUUUCCCUAGUUCCAAUACUCUACUGCAUAGAAGGAAACGGGGUGCAUGAAGAGAUGAAGAGAUGAAUAUUAGAUAUUAAAAAUACGCAUAAGAACAUUCAAUGGUGAUGGGCAAUUGUAUCAUGCACACGAGCGUGCACCUUGUGAAAG